AUGGCUAGGUUAUAUUCAAGAGGACCUAAGAGAAUCACCAAAGUAGAGCAGCCACCGCCGCAGAAGAAGAAGAAGAGGGAGGAGAUGAAUACUACUACGCUGUCCACAAUGGCUAGCUUAAAUUCAAGACCUAAAAGAAUCACCAAAGUAGAGCAACCGCCUCAGAAGAAGAAGCAGAGGAAUAGUAGUACACGGUGGUUUUCAAUACUUCCAGAUGAGAUCGUUUUGAAUUGUAUAGCACGCAUCUCUAAAUCUCAGUACCGUUCACUCUCCUUAGUCUCCAAGACCAUCCACUCUCUCAUCUCUGUUCCAGAGCUCUACACGGUUCGCUCCCUGAUCGGAAACACAGAGCCUUGCCUCUGCAUACGCCAAGAGUUACCCACUCAUGAUCGUUGGUACAUUCUUGACCAAACUCUUGUUACUAGUACCAACAGUAAUGGUUUGAUUAAGGAUGAGUUUAACUUAUUACCCAUCACUUCGUCGCCUUUAUCAAAGUCAACCACUUUAGCCGUCGGUUUCGAAGUCUACCAAAUGGGAGGCGACCAGCUGCCAUCAUCCACCGUUCGUGUGCUUGAUUUUAGGACUCGCACUUGGCGUGAUGCUCCUGAUAUGGGGGUAGCAAGGAAACGCCCCGAGUCUGCUCUUAUAGACGGCAAGAUAUAUGUAGUUGGAGGAGAAACAAAGGAGUCCUCCUCCUGGCCUGAGGUUUUUGACCUAAAGUCUCAGACUUGGAAUCCAUUGCCUAACCUCAAUGAUGACGGCAAAGCUGAGGUUCAGCUUCGUAUAGGAGAGCUAUUGGCCACCACAAGUAACCAUAAAAGGUAUGCGUUUGACUCCAAACAAGGAACAUGGAAGGAACAACUAGCCCUUAUGGAACCACUAGGGCUUUCUUAUAAUAGGAGUGGACCUUGGUGCAUUAUAGACAAUGUAAAGUUUAGUGUUUUUAAGCGCAAGCUUAUGUGGUCUGAGCGUGGAAACUGGUUCAGUGUCAAGGGUUUGAAAGAUGUGUGUACCAAGCCUCAUGUUAACCACCAUACAACAAUUCAGUUAGCUAACCAUGGUGGUGGAAGUAUCCUAGUUAUAUGGGACGAGCUACAUUCACUCGAGUUUCCAGUGGCCGGGAAGACGCGGAAACAUGUCUGCAAAAACAGGAGAAUUUGGUGUGCUGUGAUUAAGUUGGAGAAGCGCUUCUUCGGAUUGAAGUUUGAGGUUUGGGGGAAGGUUGUACGGUCGAAUGCUUUGCUUACAGUCCCCAAAUCAUUCAAAUUAUUAAGCUGUGUUACCCUUUAA